UGGGUGUUUCUGUGUUUCUAUUCCAAUAGUGCUUUUGAUAGUAUCAGAGAUCGAAGAAGAAGAAGAAGAUGAAGAAGUACUUGGAGCUUCGAGAACAAAGACCAGAUUCACCUGAAAGCCUUUGUUUGCCAACACAUGCUUCUGCUUCUCAAGAGACUAUCGAUCACAUCCAGGUGGGCUCGUUCUAUGAGUUAGACCACUCAAAGCUUCCUCAUACUGCCCCAGAACACAUCAAGUCCAUUCGGGUCGUCAUGGUUGAUGAGAAGUCUCUGUUUAAGGUCUCGGUGAGGUUUCCGAGCCUAGACUCACUCCAUACCCAUCUGAAUGAGGAGAGCUACAAAAACCCAGACGGGUCGUCGUUCCUUCCUGCUUCCGACGAAAGCUACUCUAUGACUCCAGAAAUGGCGUCGGAUGUGCUUUACCGGAGAGUCCCACAUCAGAAGAUAGCAGAGGAGAGCCGGAUGUGGAGCUUUUGGGCCGGACGGCGUCGUUUCGUGACACGGAGAAGUGCUUCGCCGUGUUGCUUGUCGGAGAUUAAGCUCAGUGGGAUGGUGCAAUGGGGUAAGCGCAAACUGGUGCGGUGUGUUACUAAUCAUGAGACGGCGGCGAAUUCUGACCAUGAACAAGUAGAGAAGGAGGAACCGAUGGUGGAUGAUGUGAAGGAGCCUUGCUAUGAGUUUAGGAAGAGAAAUCAGAUACAAAUGAAGCAGAAAAUAGCGAAGCGUCGAAAGCAGAGCCAUCAGAUUGUGGUUUAUGAUCAGACCCGCCAGAAGCAAAUGGUGGAAGGCACAAUUGAGAGAUGGAGUGCUAAGAGGUACAAGGCAGCUGAAGAAAACAUACUUAAGGUGAUGAAGGCCAAAGGUGCCUGUGCUGAGAAACCAAUCCGGAGAGCACCACUGAGGGCUGAGGCUCGGAAGCUAAUUGGGGAUACCGGUUUGAUAGACCAUUUGUUGAAGCAUAUGGCUGAGAGGGUAGCUCCGGGUGGUGUCGACCGGUUUCGGAGAAGGCACAAUGCUGAUGGAGCACUUGAGUAUUGGUUGGAGAAUGCUGAUUUGAUGAGGAUUAGGGAGGAGGCUGGGAUUAAGGAUCCUUAUUGGACUCCACCGCCUGGGUGGAAGAUUGGGGAUAACCCUACUCAGGAUCCUAUUUGUGUGAGGAUGUUCAAGGAGAUUUGGGAAGAGAUAGCCAAUGUGAAAAGGGAGAGGGAGUUCCAACAGCAGCACGAGGAUAUGGCAGUGGGGACUGCCUCAAACUCUUCUCUGACAACACUGGAUCAGGUUAAACCUUACAGUUCAGUAAUCAAUGGCAAGGACAAAUACACAGAGCUAGCUGUUAAAAAGUCUAGGAUUGAAGAACAAAUGCUGCAACUUUCUCAAUCUUUCUCGGGCAUUGAGGAAGAAAUGAACUCAUUGCUGGAAGAAAUGAGAGUGCUGAAACCAACCAUGGAAGAAUCAGUACGCUUGUACUCAGGAACAGCUGGUGUACCAAUGCUUAUACCGGAUGACGAAGCAGGGACAAAGGAUAAGAUGCGAUCAAGAGACAAGGUGGACAGGGCAGCAAAGAUAGAAAGGCUGAGGAGUAGCUUUAGGAUUUGCGAGCCACAAGGAACAUUUCUGUGGCCAGACAUGAGCAUGUCUCCAAAGGGUAUGGUUCAGCACAAUGACUCUUUUUUGGUCCCAACUCCUCCCUCAGUUUCCUCUUCCAACAAGUCGGCAACCUGCCUAGUCCUGUCGCACUCCCCAUUGAAGCCAUUGGCUGAGAGACGUGCACUCAACAUAAGCACUUUGAGCAAUGUGAUCAAACCAGCUGAGCAGACAAAUCCCCAGCUUCAGCUGGCCAACUCUACCAGGAUCGGUGACACCCUGGAUAUCAACCUCAAUGAGUUCCCUGAGUCCUACAACAAUCACUACUGCAAUUAUUGGGACUCCAACUUACCAGAGAAAGCAUCAAGAUAUGGUGAAGGUCAAAAGGAACACGACAGAUCCAGGGAAGGGUGCUGAAAAGAUGGCAGAUGAGUUGUUGGGGUUCACUGAUUUUCAGAUGUUUUGAUGAGUCUUUGAGAUUCUUGGCGAUGCCAUUUUGAGAACAUUAUGACAUCAACUUGUUAUGUCGCUAAUUCACAAAAGGCGUGCUCUUCAUCUUUCACUUCUAGACUUCUAGUACUUGAAGCAAAAGCAAAUGGUAGGUAACUCUGGUAUCUCCUACUCCUUUUUUGGAUACCGGAGAAGCUAAAUUAUAUAGUCGGAACUAGGAUAUGCUCGAGCAAUAAGUGUAUUUACAUUGAAUCAUUAGAGAGUACUUUACUUUAUACUUCUAAGUUCUAAAUGCUUCUUUUAUUUCUCAUAAGGUUGACCUCUAAGGUAUUAUUAAAUAGGAAGCUCAAUUGUUUUCUGGAUUUUGGCCUAAAGGGAAGUGUUAGCAAAUGAAGCGUGUUUGAUGAACAUGAUGAAGUUCAUUGAUAUGAAUGUAUAAAGUCUGUUU